UCGUUUUAGUUAGUAGUGAAAUGUAUUCCAUUAACAGUUUACAUAAUUAAGGAAAAAAUAUUAUAGAAGUCUAUAAUUUUCAAAAAUAAUAGAGAAAUAUUGUGAAGAAAUAUAUACGCAGAUAUUUCAAAGCGAGAAACUUAAUUAGAAGUUGAGAGAAUUAGGGAAAAGGAAUUUUUUUUAGAAAAAAAAAAAAAGAAAAAAAUAAGAUUAAAAAAAAAGAAAUAUAAAAAUAUUAAUGAAAUUUCGUGAUUCAUAUUGAAAAUUUGAUUUUCCAGUCAAUCACAUGCAAGCAUCGUGAAAUAAAAAAAAAGACAUUAGAACGUCAAAUUUCAGAUCAAACUUUUCAAAAUGACAACGUCAAUUAGCGAAAUUAUGCUUGUAUAACUUAUUCACACGCGAAUAAACAUAAAAUUAAUUUGAAAAAAAAAGGAAAGGAAAGAUAUACUUACACAUAUAGAACUCUUUUUGAGCCGAGCUUGAAUAUUAAUAAAAAAAAUGCAGCAAUUGAUUAGGCUGGCAAAUUUUCUUGGUAUUGAAGAAAAUCUAAGCUGGACAUUACUAAAGUCCAUAUAUUAAAAUUUUUAAAGGCAUUUUUCCUACCUUGUCUCUGGUGCUUCAUAUUCUGUAACCACAUCUUUGAAGAAGAUAAAUGUGUACGUCGCUCGUCGCUGCCCAAGAAUGCGAAAAAGUACAAUCGAUUCAGAAACGAAUUGCAUCUGGACCGCGGAGACUUCUACAUCCACGUUUCCGGUGUUCAACAAACUGAUUGGAUACCCUGUGAACAGUUUUGUUCACGUAGACGUGUUAAAAGAGAUAAAAAUAGGCGUUCUAUUUUUUUUAAAAGAGGUACAAUACAAUACGCUUCUUUCUUCCUUUUUUUUUUAUCUCAUUUUAUUCGAUAAAAAUUUUGAGAAAAUUUUAAACACACGCAAAUUCUUUUUUCUUUUUUUUAUUAUCUUUAUCACAGGUACGGCUCGUUUAAGGUGUACUGAAGGCACGUUUCGCGUGCAUAAUAUUUAUGGCGAUGGGAAUUGCAUGUUUCGAGCGAUUAGCUACAUUUUAUGGCGAAACGAGGAUGAACACCGAUACCUGCGUUCAAUGGUCGUGCAACACAUCAAGGAAAAUUGGCACGAGUACGGGCCUUUCGUGAUAGCUGAAUGGAACAUAUCGGAUAGACAAACUUAUGACAAUUACAUGAGCAUGGUGGGCACAUUUGCCAGUGAACUCGAAUGCACGGUGGCCACCAAGUUGUACGACAUGAAUCUGUCGAUUUAUCGCGAGAUAAACGACAGGCACGAGCUUAAACGAGUGUUUUACAAUCACGUUAGCUCUCAUUUCGAGACAGCUAGGCUUUUAUUCACUGGAAACUCGGACAGCGGUCAUUAUGACGUGCUGGUUCCCGAUUGACGAAUGUUUUUCGAGCAAGAAAAAAAAGAAAUAAAAAGAAAAAAAAAAAAAAAAAAAAAAA